GCAGCGGCGUCAGUGCGCAUGCGCGCAUGGCUGUACUACUGUCUGCAUUUCCUGUUGAUGCUCUUCUCACGCGGAGUCAUGGCGCUGCUCAGAGCGGUUUUCUCCUCUCUUCUCUUCAGCCCGGUGGUGGUGUCUUUGGUGCAGGAUCUCGAUGACAAGUUUAAAGACAACAGAAUGGAUGACGUCUGGCUGGUGGAUUUUUAUGCGCCGUGGUGUGGAUACUGCAAGAAACUGGAGCCGAUAUGGCAGGAGGUUGGAGCCGAACUGACGCGCUCGGGGUCGCCGGUACGAGUGGGUAAAAUGGACGCCACUGCAUAUUCAGGUAUGGCCUCAGAGUUUGGCGUGCGAGGAUAUCCCACCAUAAAACUAACAGCAUAGGCUGUUGAUGUAAUUAGGGGCCAAGCACUGAAGGUGUGUAGGCAUCUAUCGUAUCCGUUAGUGUUUUAUUAUUCCUCCUCUUCUUCUUCCUCUGCUCUUGAGUCUGUAGCAGCCCAUAGAACCGUAUGGUAAAAAGUCAUGAAAUUUGGCACACAGAUAGAGGACAGUCCCAACUUUCCCCACAGCAGUUUUUGAGUCUCUAACUCAAUUGCUCUAGCGCCACCAACUGUUCAAAGUUGCACUCAUAUUUAUGUUAAUAACUUUUGAACUGUUUCUGAACUUUCCUUCUAGCCCUUUGCUCUGAUUUUCACAAAAAUUGAAUCAGAUCAUCUUCAGACCAUGCCGACAAAAAACAUGGAAUCGAAGCUGAUUCGCCGAACUGUUCUCGAAUAACGAGCAAACCCAUUCGACAUAGAGCACGCCAAAAUAAAAGCAUGUCAACAUUACAGUUUAGUAACUGCAUCCAAAUUAUGCAAUUUCAGAAAUGUACAUAUAUAAAUCAUGCAGUUAGCUAACAAUGUAUUAAUUUAAACAAUGUGUUAAUUUAAUGUAAAAACAAUGAGCUCAUUAAAGUAAUUAAUACAUGUUAAAUAGGAUAUAUAUAGGAUAUAUAACAAAAUCACGAGACUGGUCUCUUUAGAUUUGUGCAGCAUGCCUAUUGUAAUGAAACUGGUCUUAAUGGACUCAUUGGGUCACGCCGAGAACAGAUACCAAUUUUGCCAUAGUCGGCCGAAGUUCCUGUCCGCCAUUUUGAUUUUGGCAAACUGCAUCUGAGGCUGUAUCUCUGGAAAGACACCAAACUUUAUGUGUGUAAUUGUCACCCAACACUGACCAAACCAGAUCAAUACAGUGUUAGCUCUGCCUAUUGUUCAAAAGUAAUAAGCAAUUAUAGCACAUUACAAGUGAAUGUAUUUAUGGCCUUUCAACCAUUUUGCUAAAAAUUUUCUCCAAAUGUCUUUACUCGUUUGUGCAGAUGGUCUGAUUGUCCAUGCCGUGAUUUUAAGCUCCUCAUUCUGCCUCUCUGGUGCUUGACCCCUUAAUUACUGCUUGCAGCUUUAUUUUUCAAUCUAUUAUUUCCAUCAUUACUAAACUACACGAUUGGAGAGUCGGAGCGUCUGUAUGGAGUCGGGAGUGAAGCUCAUUCCCGUGGGAUUCUGGGAUCAGGGGAGGCAGGUGUUGAUGAAACUCCCCAUGAGGCUAAUGCUUCGCCUAAUGAAGGACAAAGUCUCUCCCCCAAGAAAACGUUGUCAAAGUUGAAGGGCGAGCUGGCUUAUAAUUACAAAGGACCGAGAACCAAAGACGACAUAAUCGAGUUCGCCAACAGAGUGGCUGGACCAGCGGUGCGAUCCCUCCCGAGCAGACAGAUGUUUGAGCACGUGUUGAAGAGGCACAAUGUGCUGUUUCUGUAUGUUGGAGGGGAAUCUCCUCUUAAAGAGAAGUACAUCGAGGUGGCGUCUGAGCUCAUUGUCUACACGUAUUUCUUCUCUGCGUCUGAAGACGUCUUAACGGAGUCCGUGACUCUGCCUGAAUUGCCUUCAGUGGUCGUCUUCAAAGAUGGAACCUAUUUCACGUAUGAUGAGUAUGAAGACGGCAGCUUGUCAUCCUGGGUAAAUCGCGAGCGUUUCCAGAGUUACCUGCCGAUCGAUGGCUUCACGCUGUAUGAGCUGGGAGAAACCGGUAAAUUGGUGGCGAUUGCCGUUACUGACGAGAAAGAUCCAACAGAGCAAAGCAUCAGGUUAAAGCGUCUGAUCCAGAGAGUGGCUGCGGAGCACAGGGAUCAGUUCAACAGGGAUUUCCAGUUCGGCCACAUGGACGGUAAUGACUACAUCAACAGCCUGAUCAUGAGUGAGGUGUCUGUGCCCAGCGUCAUCAUCCUCAACACCUCAAAUGAGCAGUACUUCCUGCCGGACGAACCGCUGGAGAGUCUUCAGCAGAUGCUGCAAUUCUUCAACAGUGUUCUGGACGGCAGCGCUCCGGCUUAUGGAGGAGAUGGAAUAUUCCAGAGAAUCAAGCGUGUGGCGUUUGAUGCCAGAUCCACAAUAAUGUCGGUGUUCCGCAGCUCUCCGCUGCUCGCCUGCUUCCUCUUCGGCCUGCCGUUGGGCGUCAUCAGCCUCAUGUGCUACGGCAUCUGCACCGCCGAGUCUGACGACGGGACGGAGGACAUGGAGCUGAUGAAGAGAGACGGCUUCACAGAUGAAGAGGAGGAGGAGGGUGAGGAGGAAGAGCAGCCGCGACUAACAGCUGGAGCAGAAAACACAGAAGAAGAGGGAGAAAAGAUUCAACAAAAGAAUCCAAGUGAAAAGAAGGUUGAUUAACGAAGGUGGAGAAACAAACGGAGAGAGAGCGAACGCCUCAGAAGAGGAGACGAUGGCCUAGAAUUUUUUUCACUGGUUUUCAUGGGAUUAUUUUCAUUUUCCCAUUUCUUUAUUUUCAGAAUUUCCCUAAAUGUCCAUCAAAUUCUAAGUUUCUAAGAUUGAUUGUGACAACUUGGAGACGAGCAGUGGCGCUCCACGUAUGAUUUACAAAAGGCACAUGGACAGAAAACAAAUACUGUUUUAAAGUCAAGUGACAGUAGUCCUUUGUGCUUAUUAAUAAUCAUUAUUGUAAUGUGCCCUUAUGAUCCGUGUCCUACAGUCACUUUGUAAAUCUUGAAACGGUUGAAACUUGAGAAAACGAUUGAUAUCUGAAUGGACGCAUCUUUUUUUGUUGAAUGAGAAAGUGCAGUUAUUGUUGUAUCAAAGACUUUAUCUACAGAGGAUUGUCUUACAUAAAAUUAAUUGCCAUUUUCAUACAAUAAUGACCACACAUCCAUGCUUUUUCCUGCUCUCUACAUGAAGGUAUUCUGACUGAAUGUAGAAGGUUUCAAAGUUACUUGGAAAUCUAAUCUAGCGGCGACGAACUUGGUAAGAGUUUGUUUAUUUCUCAGUCGAGUGAUGAUUUUGAUCAUAUGCACUGAACACAUUAUCAGAACACACAGCAAGAUUAGGUUAACUCUUUAGUCUGGAUCCUGAAGCAAAUCAAACGUGGACUUUCCUUCUGUAGGGUGCUAUUCAACAUUUUAAAGCAAGCAGUGUCAGUGUAUGUGUUUUAUAGAUAGAAAAGGCUUUGUAUGUCAGCGGUUCUCAGCACUGAUUACCAACAUUUCCUCAGAAACUGUUUAUUGCAUUCAUGAAAAAUGAAAGUGAAGACUUUUUCAGAUUCCCAAAACUUCAGCAGAUCACUUCUCACUGUUCUCAGAGUGUGCAUGUGACAAAAUACAGUCUGGGGAGAUGGAUGGAGCGGAGCUUUUGUUACAAGUCUUUUGCCAAUUGUGUGUGUGUGUGUGUGUGUGUGUGAGAGAGAGAGAGAGAGAGAUGCAGGUCAGGCCGCUGAUCUCUCUCUCUCACACACACUUUUACAAGGUGGCAUUUGCAGUUUGAGCCAAAGCUGUUGUUACACAAGGACAUUGCUGAAGCGUCACAGCCUGUAGUAAUGAACUAAUGUUUACGUCUCUGCUAACUUCGCUUUCACAUUCCUUUCAAUGCCUGUUGUUGCUGUUAGGGAUUCUCAUAUUUUGACAGAUCAAUUGUCUUAUUGUUUGUGCCGUGUUCAUUAAAUGUUUCUUUGUCUCUCCCUCGUUCUGUGUUCUUGCCUCACAUCGAUAUCGUGAUAAAGUAGACUUUGACUAGAUCACACUGAUUAUUUUUGUAUGUGAUUAUGAUUAAGUGAAUGUGAGAACUGUGUUUGAUAAUGGUAAUGAAAUAUAACAGACUGCUGUUUUUGAUUAAAUAUUCAGUCCUUUUC